AUGCAUAGAGCAAUUAUUUUUGAUGCAACAGGAACUUUAUUUAAAGUUAGAGGUACAAUUUCUGGAAAUUAUAAUAAAGUUUUAAAUCAACAUGGAAUUAAAUUAAAACAGGAUAUUGAUAAUAAUUUUUUAAAACAAUUUUCAAAAUUAUCAAAUGAAUAUCCAUCAUUUGGAUAUUCAAUGGAUGUAAAUAAUGAUGGAAAAUAUAAGAGUUUAACAGCAAAUGGUGAAAAAAAUGCAUUUUUAUGGUGGAAUAAAUUAAUUAAGAAUUUUUUAUCAACAUCAUCAAAUUUGACAAAUGAACAAAUUGAACAAAUUCCAUUAUCAACCUAUAAGGAAUUAUAUAAUAAAUUUGGUAUGGAUAGUGGUGAUACUACUUCAAAUAAUAAAAUUGGACACCAUAAUUUUUGGGAAAUUUAUCCAGAAGUGAAACCAACAUUAAAUAAAAUUAAAGAAGAUAAUGGAUGUUAUUUAGGUGUAAUUUCAAAUUUUGAUGAAAGAUUAACACCAAUUUUAAAACAAUUAGAUAUUGAAAACUAUUUUCAAAAUAAUGUUACAACAAGUAUUGAUUGUGGUUAUCAAAAACCUCAUGAAAAGAUUUUUCAACAUUCCUAUGAUAAAUUAUUAACAAUUGAUCCAUCCUUAAAGAAAGAAGAAGUAAUUUAUGUUGGUGAUAAUAUUAAAAAAGAUGUUAUUGGAAGUAAUGAUUUUGGUUUCACUCCUUGUUUAAUCAAUAGAAAUAACCUUACAAAUGAUGAUAUCUUUUUAAAUUUUAAAGAGAAUUCUUUAUUAGUACCUCAAAAAUUAAUAAUUAUUAAAUCUUUAUUUGAAACUUUAUCAUAUGUAAAAAAAAAUUAA